AUGCUAGUUGCUGUAGCGUACGAUGCAAAUAACCAACUGUUUCCGAUUGCCUUUGCAAUUGUUGACAGCGAGAAUCAUGACUCUUGGAAGUAUUUCUUGCAGAAGUUAAAGGAAGCGAUUGGGGAGGUUGAAAACUUAGUGUUUGUAUCGGAUAGGCAUCAAAGCAUUGAACAUGCUGUCGAGGUUAUUUUCCCCGAAGCAUGCCAUUGUGCAUGCUACAAACAUAUUUCUAUGAAUGUCACCCACAAGUUCAAGACUGAUGUGUGUAACACGCAAAUAUGGUUGGCCGCUUACGCAUGGUCGAAGAGGGAAUGUGAUAGACAUUUGCAGGUGCUCCGACAGAUGGAUCCUCCCAUCGCUGCUUAUGUUGACAAUAUAGGAUUAGAAAAAUGGGCUCGUCCUUAUUGUCUAGGAGACAGGUACAACAUCAUGACAAACAACGCUGCAGAAAGCCUUAACAACGUGACUGAAGAAUUCCGGGCAUAUCCAAUAACUACUCUAGUUGAGUUCAUAAGGUUCACACUACAAAAUUGGUUUGCUAACCGUCUUGAGAAGGCAAGUAAGUGUGUUACCCCUUUGGCAACUCAUUUUGAGGAAGAUUUGAUAAAGCAACACGAGGAUGGUAGACGUAGAAGUGUCCUACGUAACGGUGCACAAUUGUUUAAUGUUGGAAGAGGUGCUGACGGUUCUGACUUUGAAAAAGGCGGAGAUGUGAACUUAGUUGAGAGAACAUGCACUUGCGGCAUGUUCCAAUUGUUGAAAAUUCCUUGUCCCCAUGCAUGUGCCGCAGCGCUUACUCAGAAUGUCAGUGUCUACGCUCUGUCAUCUCCCUAUUACACAAAGGAGACGUGGAAGAAUACUUACGAUGCAACAAUUAAUGUUGUGGGCGAGGAGGAUGAAUGGGUGCUUCCAGAACACAUGCAGAACAUGAGAAUCGGUGUACCAGUGGAGAAGAAACCUGUAGGUCGUCCAAGAAAGAGCAAUGCAGGAAGACUACGGACUAACCGAUUUCCAUCGAACGGUACCAAAGUCAAGGAACCACGCAAAUGUUCAAACUGUGGCGCAUUGGGACACAACAAAGCUACUUGCAAGGCCAGGGUUUGA